GCCUGGGGCGGCGCCGUCUGCGCGCGGCACGCGCUCGCCAGCCUGCGGGGGGCGGCCGGCGCCUGCGUGCAGAGGGGCCGCCUGCGUCGGCACCUUUGCGGGUGGGCCGCCUCGCGCGCCUGCGCGGUGAGGGCCAGGGAGGCCGACUCGCGACGGCUGUCGGCCGCAGCCUGCUCGGCCUGGAGGCGGGCCGCGAUCGUGCGCGCCGCGGCAAGGUCGCAGGUGGCCUCUGCCCGCAGGCACCUCCGCGAGCGCAGCCGCCGCAGCGCCUGGCAGGCGUGGGCGCGGCGCUGCGCCACGAGGCAGCAGCUUGGGCGGCGGACGUGCUGCGCCCAGGGCAAGCGCUCGCACGCCGCAGCCCGCAGGAGCCUCGCGCAGUGGAGCUGGCGCCUGCAGCGCCUGCGCCAUCUUCGCGCCAAGGCCAUCGCGGCGACCGAGAAGCGCGCCUGGCGCCUGGGAAUAGCAGACGGAACCCAGCUUCGGCCGCUGCGCGCCAGCACGGGCGCCGCCCUAGCCUCCUUCUUCAAGGGCUUGCUGCUGCACAGGGUGUGGCGCACGUGGCGCCGCCUCCGGGAGCUCUGGCGCGCGCGCGCGAGGGAGGUCGAGGCCAGGGCGUCCUCGCUGGAGGCAAAGGUGGAGGACGCCUUGCUCGCGCGUGCGCUCCGAGGCCUGUACUCCCUCGCGAGGGCCCACGCCUCCAGGCGAGGCGAUGCGGUCCGGCAGCUUCUGCUGCUGCCGCGGCUGGCCGUAAUGGUCGCACCACCCUCCGCGAGGAGCCUGCUGGCCUCUUUCUUCCGCUGCUGGAAGUACACGAGAAUCCUGGGCAGCAGCGCCCGCGAGACCCUCCAGUGUGCGUCGCUGGCCUGGCGCGCGGAGGCGUCGCGCCGUGCGGCCGUGCGGGCCGUGUUGCGCCGCGCGCAGUCCCUGGCGAGCUCGAGGCACGCGCGCGGGGCGCUGCUUCAGUGGAGGCUCCGCAGCGGUCGGGAGCGAAGCCGCAGGGUGGACGCGGCGCGCGCGCCCCGGAGGGCGAUGGCCCAGUCUCUAGCCAGGUGGCGCGCGCACGUCCAGCUGCAGAGGGCAGUCGCGCGGCUGCGCUUGGAGUUCGCGGCGUGCUCGCGCGGCUCUCGGCUGAGGCGGGGAUGCCGCGCUUGGAGGCUGCAGGCGGCCAGCGGGAGGGCGAGGGCACUCCUCGUGUCGGCGCUGGCGCGCUGCGUCCGCAGGCGGCGGGUUCUGGCCGGCCUGAUCAGGUGGAGGGCGCGCGUGCUGGGCCACGCCUGCCGCUCGGUCCUUCGCCGCGGUGGCCGGCGCGGCGGGCGCCUAGCCCGAUGGGCGGUUGCUCUCUGGCGGGCGGCCUGCCUGAUAGCCGCCAAGGAGAGGCUGCGCCGAGUCCGCCUAGCGCGCAGUUGCUGGGUGGAUUGGAGGGCCGUGGUGGAGCGCUCAGUGUUCUUGCGCACGGCUGGGGCUCGCGCGGACGCGUGGCAGUCUCGCAGGGCCGUCCUGGUCUGGGCGUGCGCGUGCGUGCGCGUGCGCGCUGGCGAAGGGCUGAAACGCUUGGCGUGUGCGCGCGCAGCCGAGGCACGCUCUGGACGGGCUUUUGCUGCCUGGCGCGAGGCGUGGCUGUGGGAGGAGCACUCACGGCACCUGUCUCGGGAGGUCGACGCGGCCGCCCGCGGCGCUCUGGCCGCCGCCGCCCUGGCGGCAUGGGCGCGGGGGGCCUCGCGCAGCAGGCUCCUGUCGCAGAGGAGGGCGGCUUGGGAGGACGCGGCAGUGCGGCGCGUGUCUGAGCGCGGCGUGCGGGCGUGGAGGAGAGCAGCGGCCUUGUCCUUGGUCCUGAGGGCGCGUUCCCUGCUGGAGGCCAGGACGCUCCAGGACACGGUGCGCUGCGCGUUCCACACGAUGGUGGGCCGGCACUUCGCCUUCUCCGCGGCCGUGCUGGAGCUCGCGGACCGGCGGCCGCGCGUGCGGGUGUGCCUCGGGGAGCUGCUGACGCGCGGGCGCACGGACCGCCUGGAAGCCCUGUCGGGGUGGCGGGCGUGGGUGUGCAGGAGAACGCGUGAGGCGGCGCAGCGGUUCUCGCUGCAGCGCGCUGCGCGGGGGCUCCGCCUGCGGGCCGGGUUGCUCGCGUGGGGGUGCAUCAGGAUGCGCCUGCGAGCGGCGGCCGCGGCGGCCCAGCGAGCACGCGCCGCCUGGAGCCGCGCAGUGCGGCGCAGGGUCUGGCGAGGCUGGGCGCGGGCGGCGCGGCGGGCGGGCGCGGCUAACGCAAGCGUGCGGGAGUCCGCUCAGGCGCGCGAGGAGCGGCUGGCGCGGACGUGCGUGAGUUGGUGGGCCCGCUGGCGGUGGCUCGAGGCUGGCGUGCGCCAGGCUUCCAGUCGUGUCGAGGAGUCGCGCGCGAGGCGCGGUGCUGCCCUGGCGCUGCGCGGCUGGGCGGCCGCGGCGGCCAGGCUGGCGGCGCGGGAGGCGGGCCUGCUGCUGCGGCAGGAGGAGGUGCACGCCGCGGCGUCUCGGAGGCGGUGCUCCACGGUGUUCUCGGCGUGGAGCGCAGGGGCCGCCCGCGCCAGGCGCGCGGCGUGGCAGCGGCAGGCGAAGUGGGCCUUUGCAUGCUGGCGGCUGUACGCCCGGGAGCAGGAGCUGCUGCGGAAGUACCUCGAGGAGUGCUCCGCGGCGGGCUUCGGGCAGGGCGCUGCCCCCGGGGCCCCUGCCCAGGGUGCGGUGGGGCCCGGGGACCUCGAGGCGCUGUACCGCGAGAUGGCGACCCAGCGCUGGGCCGGCUCGGAGCCGCCCUCAGACUGAGGCGUGAGGCCCCUCUGGCCCAGCAGCCGCUCGUUCGAGCGGGCUUGGGCGGCCACGUGCCGCGCGGGCACCGGCCUCGCCGAGGCCCAGCGGCCUUCCUCUUCCUCGGCCGGUUCCUGCCCCCUCCUGAUGCGCGGGGCGUUUGUACGUUACGGGGGCAGCCUCGGAUCGAGGCACGGGGUCGACACAACAAAAAGCGAUCAAGCGAACAUGACUCGCGG